GCAGCUGUUCUCCCUGGGGAAAAGGGAAUCGUUUCUCACACCUGCGCGACGAGAGUAAAAAGCACCAUGGACGCACGCUUUACUCGUGGGAAGUCGGCUAUCCUUGAGAGGUCGCUCACCCGCCCAAAGACAGAUGUCAGCCUUAGUGCCUUUUCGCUACUCUUCUCUGAGAUUGUGCAGUACUGCCAGAACCGGGUGUACUCGGUCUCAGAGCUUCAGAACAAGCUUUCUGAACUUGGCCAGCAGGUGGGAGCCCGCAUCCUGGACGUUCUGGUGAUGCGGGAGAAGAACGGCAAGCGAGAAACGAAAGUCAUCAACAUCCUGCUCUUCAUCAAGGUGACUGUGUGGAAGGCGCUCUUUGGGAAGGAGGCUGAUAAGCUGGAGCAAGCCAACGACGAUGACAAGACCUACUACAUCAUUGAAAAGGAGCCCCUCAUCAACACGUACAUUUCGGUGCCCAAGGAGAACAGCACUCUCAACUGUGCCUCCUUCACCGCUGGCAUUGUGGAGGCCAUGCUCACCUGCAGCGGUUUCCCUGCGAAGGUCACGGCCCACUGGCACAAGGGCACCACCCUCAUGAUCAAAUUUGAUGAGUCGGUUAUAGCACGGGACAAAGCUCUGGACGGCCGCUGAGUACCUGCCGUCUGAACUAAUCCGAUUUGCUCUUGUAUAUA